CAGCGUUCCGGCGUUUGUCCAGCCUCCUGACGGUGCUCAACACUCAGGGAACCGAGUUGCUCUGCGCUUUUUUUUUUUUAUGAAAGCCCUUUACCAUCAGUCUGAGAGCUGGGCUUAAGGGGGAGCGGAUCUGAAGGGCCCGGUCUGGCUGUGAGAGGCAUCUUUAUUCUGUCACACAUGGCGCUGUAAAAAUAAGGACGUUGUGUGGAUUGUAGAAGGGACUGAAUUUUGACACAAGUCGCCCGUUAUUUGUUCUGCUGCGGGCGCUAAUCAUGGAGAUGCAAAGGUGGGCCACCAGGUGGAAAACGAAAAGGUGGCUGUGGAAUUCAUCGCAAACCGCUGUCGUCACGUUAAUUUUAAUUCUACAAGCUGCCAAUGUCAGAGCAGCUGAACCAGUGGAUGUACUUAAGGUGCUAGACUUCAAGAGCUCCCCUGAAGGAGUAAGAAAAACACCAGGCUUCUGCACAGUCCGGAGAGGAUCCAAACCCGACAUCGCUUACCGAGUGGGAAAACAGGCUCAGAUCAGCGCUCCAACCAAACAGCUCUUCCCAGGGGGAGUUUUCCCAGAAGAUUUCUCCAUCCUGUUUACCAUCAAGCCCAAGGCUGGCCUCCAGUCCUUCCUGCUGUCUGUGUACAACCAGCAAGGCAUCCAGCAGCUCGGUGUGGAGGUGGGUCGUGCUCCCGUCUUCCUGUAUGAGGACCAGCAUGGCAAACCUGCCCCCGAGGAGUACCCCCUGUUCCGCUCCAUCAACCUUGCUGACGGCAAAUGGCAUCGUGUAGCUAUCAGCGUGGAGAAGAAGAGUGUGACCAUCAUUGUGGACUGUAAGAAAAAGCUGACUCGGCCGCUCGGCAGAAGUGACCAGGCCGUCAUCAACACAGAGGGCAUAACCGUCUUUGGAACUAGAAUCCUGGAUGAUGAAGUCUUUGAGGGUGACAUCCAGCAGCUGCUGAUAGUGGCAGACCCCAGGGCAGCCCAUGACUACUGUGAACACUACAGCCCCGACUGUGAAACCCCAAACCACCACGACACUCCCCAGGCUCAGGAACCUGAGGAAGAGUACACUAACUAUGACUAUGGUGAGUUCUAUGACUACUCUGAAGGAGGGAUUACCACUGACGCUCCACCAACUGAAGGAGCCAAGGCUGAGACGAAUGUGGGUGGAGACUUCUACACGGGUGAGUAUGACUACACCACAGUGGAUGGAAGUCAGCCUGAAACUCCGACUGAGAACGCCGAGAAAGGACAGACCUUUGAAGAGGAAAUAGUGGAUGAUUACAUCACCGGUGUUGAACAGGUCGGGGCGGACCCCACCGUUGCCGUGGAAACCGCUGCCCCAGUGGAAACCGAAGAGAAGGUGGAUCCUGCCACUGACGUCUACGAGUUCAAGGAAUACGACCUGAAGGAAUAUGACAACAAAGAGUUUGUCGAUAAGCCAUACGAAUAUGGUGAUUAUGGCGAAUACGGCCCGACUGACACCAAGCCCACAUCAACAUACGAGGAAGAGUUUGGUCCUGGUGUACCAGCGGAGACAGACUUCAGAGAAAGCAGCGUGACUGGAGGUCAAAGUUACCUGGGAGAAAAAGGAGAGAAAGGUGAACCUGCCGUCAUUGAGCCAGGGAUGCUUAUAGAAGGACCCCAAGGAGCUCCCGGCCAAGCAGGUCUUCCUGGUACCUCAGGAUUGCAGGGUCCCCCAGGUCCCGCAGGAGAUCACGGAGAGAGGGGUCCUCCAGGGCGUCCUGGUAUUCCUGGUUCAGACGGUGUCCCUGGUCCUCCAGGUACCAUUCUGAUGCUUCCAUUCCGUGCUGGUGGUGAGUCACACAAGGGGCCUGUGGUUUCAGCCCAGGAAGCUCAGGCUCAGGCCAUCCUUUCUCAGGCUAGGCUGGCUAUGAGAGGUCCUCCAGGUCCAGCAGGCAUGGCAGGAAGAUCUGGUCCUGUGGGAGGUCCUGGAGCUUCUGGUCUUAAAGGUGACAGUGGCGAUUCUGGACCACAGGGACCCAGAGGUCUCCAGGGUCCUACUGGUGUACCAGGAAAAGCAGGAAAGAGGGGUCGUAAUGGCGCUGAUGGGGCUCGAGGAAUGCCAGGCGAGGCAGGGCCAAAGGGUGACAGAGGUUUCGAUGGCCUCCCCGGUCUUCCCGGAGAGAAAGGUCACAGAGGAGAACUAGGAUCUACAGGUCCUCCAGGAUCUCCAGGAGAGGAUGGCCCCCGAGGAGAAGACGGCCAGGUUGGACAGAGAGGUGUGGCUGGAGAGGGUGGUCCUCGUGGUCUGCUUGGCCCCAGAGGGACUGCAGGUCCUGGUGGACAGCGUGGUCUUCCUGGAAUCGAUGGACAAGCUGGUCCUAAAGGAAACAUGGGUCCACAAGGAGAGUCAGGGCCUCCUGGACAGCAGGGUUUGCCUGGUCCACAUGGUCUCGUUGGUCCUCAGGGUCCGAUCGGUCCUCCUGGUGAAAAAGGACCUCACGGGAAACAGGGAUUGGCUGGCCUUGGUGGUGCUGACGGCCCUCCUGGUCACCCUGGAAAAGAAGGUCCUGCAGGAGAGAAGGGAACAGUUGGUCAUCCUGGUCCUAUGGGAACCAUCGGCUACCCUGGGCCUCGUGGUGUGAAAGGUGCUGAGGGAAUCAGAGGCCUUAAAGGUGGCAAAGGAGAAAAGGGAGAGGAUGGAUUCCCCGGCUUCAAAGGUGACAUGGGUCUCAAGGGUGACAAGGGUGAAUCUGGUGUGCUAGGACCAAGAGGAGAGGACGGACCUGAGGGCCCCAAGGGCAAGUCAGGACCCAACGGAGAGUCCGGUUCUAUUGGAUUAGCUGGAGAGAAGGGCAAACUCGGAGUCCCUGGAUUGCCUGGGUACCCUGGGAGACAAGGCCCCAAGGGCUCCAAUGGUUUCAAUGGAUUCGCCGGGGCAAACGGCGAGAAGGGGGCAAGGGGAAUCGCCGGCAAACCAGGCCCUGGAGGGCAACGCGGCCCAACGGGUCCACGUGGUGGCCGCGGUGCUAGAGGACCAACAGGAAACCCAGGUGCAAAGGGCACCUCAGGCAAUGAUGGACCUCCUGGCCCGCCUGGAGAAAGGGGCCCUCAAGGACCCCAGGGACCUGUCGGCUUCCCCGGACCUAAAGGACCCAAUGGCCCACCAGGGAAAGACGGGCUGCCCGGCCAUCCUGGACAGAGGGGAGAGACGGGCUUCCAAGGAAAGACAGGACCUCCCGGACCUGGAGGGGUGGUUGGACCUCAGGGCCCAACUGGAGAGGUGGGACCUGGCGGAGAGCGAGGACACCCAGGCUCCCCUGGUCCACCUGGUGAGCAAGGUCUACCUGGUUCUGCUGGAAAAGAGGGUGGAAAGGGUGACCCAGGUUCUCAGGGUCCUGGUGGCAAGUCAGGACCUGCUGGACUGAGAGGCUUCCAGGGGGCAAGAGGUCUUCCAGGGGCCAUGGGUCCAGCUGGCUUAAAGGGAGGAGAAGGGCCUCAGGGUCCCCCCGGUCCCAUCGGUUCUCCUGGUGAGAGAGGUGCUGCCGGCCCUGGAGGUCCCAUUGGUCUGACAGGACGCAACGGCCCCCAAGGACCGCCCGGUCCUGCAGGAGAGAAGGGAGGACCUGGAGAGAAAGGUCCCAUGGGUCCUGCUGGCCGUGAUGGAAUUCAAGGUCCCGUUGGUCUUCCUGGUCCUGCUGGUCCUCAGGGUCCCCCUGGAGAGGACGGCGACAAGGGAGAAGUUGGCGGACCUGGACAGAAGGGGAGCAAAGGAGACAAGGGUGAACUCGGUCCACCAGGCCCAAGUGGUCUUCAGGGUGUGGUCGGCGCUCCCGGUCCAGCUGGCAGUGAUGGUGAGUCUGGGCCAAGAGGACAGCAGGGUAUGUUUGGCCAGAAAGGAGACGAGGGAUCCAGAGGAUUCCCUGGUCUACCAGGACCCGUCGGACUUCAGGGUCUGCCCGGCCCUCCUGGUGAGAAGGGAGAGAACGGAGAUGUUGGAGCAAUGGGUCCACCUGGUCCUCCUGGCCCCAGAGGUCCUCAGGGUUCCAGCGGAGCCGAUGGUGCACAAGGUCCUCCCGGUGGUAUUGGUUCAAUGGGAGGUGUUGGUGAGAAGGGAGAAAGCGGUGAGGCUGGCAACCCAGGAUCACCCGGAGAGCCUGGUAUUGGAGGCCCCAGAGGAGAGACUGGAGAGAAGGGAGAGACCGGCCCCCCUGGAGCUGCCGGACCAGCUGGUGCUCGAGGACCCCCUGGAGAUGACGGUCCCAAGGGUAACGCUGGUCCUGUGGGCUUCCCAGGAGAUCCUGGUCCCCCUGGUGAGCCUGGUGCUGGUGGUCUUGAUGGUUUAGCGGGUGACAAAGGAGAUGAUGGAGACGCCGGACAACCUGGCCCUCCAGGUCCCUCUGGUGAGGCUGGAGUACCAGGACCUCCUGGCAAACGGGGACCCGUUGGACAAGCAGGUCAGGAGGGCAGACAAGGAGAAAAAGGAUCCAAGGGGGAAGCUGGAGCAGAGGGGCCUGUUGGAAAAACUGGACCUGUGGGACCUCAGGGGCCUGCUGGAAAGUCUGGUCCCGAGGGACUGCGUGGAAUCCCUGGACCUGUUGGUGAGCAAGGACUCCCUGGUGCUUCUGGUCAAGACGGCCCUCCUGGACCCAUGGAACCCCCUGGACUGCUCGGCAUGAAAGGUGACUCUGGACACAAGGGAGAGAAGGGUCAUCCGGGUCUAAUUGGACUCAUCGGACCUCCUGGCGAGCCCGGAGAGAAGGGUGACAGAGGUUUGCCUGGACCUCAGGGCACUGCAGGUGCAAAGGGAGAAGCUGGUUUUGGUGGUUCUCAAGGUCCCCUCGGUCCCCCUGGUCCUCCUGGUAUUUCUGGCGCUCAAGGACAGAAAGGCUCCAAAGGAUCGACUGGUUCAACAGGACAGAAAGGAGACACCGGACUGAUUGGACCACCUGGACCACCUGGUCCUCCUGGUGAUUUCAUCCAGCCACUUCCCAUGCAGCAGCCUGCCAGGAAGACCAGGCGGCAGGCUGAGAUGCAGGGAGACGAGGCGAUGUCAGAUUAUGGCGUGGAUGUGGGCAUUGAGGGGAUGGAGGAUGUCUUUGGAUCCCUUAACAACCUCAAGCAGGACAUCGAGCGCAUGAAGUUCCCCAUGGGCACCCAAGACAAUCCUGCCAGGACCUGCAACGACCUGCGCCUCAGCCAGCCUGACUACCCAGAUGGUGAAUAUUGGAUUGAUCCAAACCAGGGCUGCAUUGGAGACUCCAUCAAAGUGUUCUGCAACUUCACAGCAGGCGGAGAAACGUGCAUCUACCCUGAUAAGAAAUCAGCAGGGGUUAGAAUAUCCAACUGGCCUAAGGAGGCUCCGGGUUCCUGGUUCAGUGAAUUCAAACGUGGCAAGAUUUUGAACUACGUGGAUGUAGCAGAGAGCAGCAUCAACACAGUGCAGAUGACCUUCCUGAAGCUGCUGAGCUCCUCGGCGCGGCAGAACUUCACCUACAUUUGCCAUCAGUCUGUGGCCUGGUACGACGCUAAGGCUGACAGCUAUGACAAGGCGCUGCGCUUCCUGGGCUCCAACGAUGAGGAGUUGUCUUACGACAAUAAUCCCUUCAUCAAGCCGCUGUUGGACGGCUGCUCGCUGAAGCAGGGCUAUUCAAAGACAGUGAUGGAGAUCAACACUCCCCGCAUCGACCAGUUGCCCAUCAUUGACGUCAUGCUGAAUGACUUUGGGGAAUCCAACCAGAGGUUUGGCUUCGAGGUCGGCCCCGUCUGUUUCCUCGGCUAGACACGCCCCUACUCCCCGCUGAAGGACAGGGUCAGAGGAAGAUCCACUCAAGCCAGAAGAAAAAAAAAGAGAAGAGUGCCCCCCCCCAGGCCCUGUCAUGAAGCGCUGACCAGGGGAAACUACUCCUCGCCCUUGUAGGGCCCCGAAUCACAUGACUUUAACUUACACGUACGGAUGGGAGUGACAUCAGGAAAAGGACAUUUGAUGCCGUGGCGGACAGUAGCGCACUUUCAGCAACAGAGAGAGGAUCCACUCACCCCGAGCCCCGUCCUCCCUCGUCCUUCCCCUCCCACCACGCCUCCCUCUCUGGGUGCUCCAGGUGCUGCUCUGAAUACAACCACAGAGGUGCUUUUGUGCAGAAUCACAAAACACUCAAGGUGCUACAAAAAAGUGCUUUUUUGAUAAAACUGUAAUUAUUAUUAUUAUUUUGUACAAUAUUGUUCCGAAUCCACUCUAAAAAAAAAAACUUGCAUGUGCCCCAGCUCUUAGAGUUUAAAUAAAUAUUUGCUAAACUAUAUAGAAAAUAAAUCCAAUGAGUAUAUUUGAUGUGUGUUUGAAAAAAAAUGAUUUUGCUAAGAGUUAUGUCUUUUGAAAACAUUCCAAUUUGUAAGUAUAAAAGUAUCCUUUUGUAAAUAAUAUAACUUUCAAUAUUUGAUAUAUGAGAGCAAGCCAAACGGGAGCAUCACAAUUUAUUCUAAAAGCAUUCAUGACAGGCCAGUUGGUCCGCCUUUCAGGAUAUCAAGCCAUAAUAAGACGACAUAGUAAUAUAAAUAUUGUAAGAAAGGGCUUAUUCUUCAAACUUGAUUUUUUUCCUAAAUGCUACACCUCGGUUUCUAUUUUUAACAAUGUUUAAAUUUGAACAUUAUUUGUGGUGGGUAGCGUUUAGAGAAAAUCUUUUUCUGUGAGGUAAAAACUCAUCAAUAGCUGUUCUUGAUAAUUACAUUUAAAAAGAGAGCCUUGUUGAUUUUCUUCUUUGUAACAAUGAACAAAAUGUUUUUAUGUGCCUUGAAUUGUUCAUUCAAAAAUAUUAAAACUGGAUUCUGAAAAAUGUUGGGUUGAAUGUCUGUAUUGUUACAGAAACCAUUGGUGCUCUUUUUCGUGAUUCUGCGCUGCCUUAUCCAUAUUACCUUCCUCUUCCAUGAUGAUUUAAGAUUAGGAGGAUUAGUGGCUCCGAGUGUUCGGGGUUCAUGUGAUUGAUUGUGCUGAGCCCAGGCGCUGUGAUCUCCUCUCUCUCUGACUUAGAUUUGACUUUGAUCAAGAUCUGUUUGCAUCUCCACCUCCUGAGCUUGAGGCUAUGAUAGCACAGACUUCAGAGCCGCUUUCAAACCUGUGUAAUUACAGUAUGUUUACAACCUAUGUACAACUGAAAUAAAUGUUUGGUGCUUUG